AACCAAAUAAGAAUAAUUAUUAAUUUUUUAACAUCUACAUUAAUGACCUCAUAAAAGAGAGCAAAAAUGAAAUUCACAAAUGCUAUUAUAUCAGAAGAUGAUGUAAACACUGUCAGGGGUAGAGAGGAAACACCAGAGACUCUAAAGAGAAAAACAUGAGUGAACAAAAAUAAAAAAUUUAACAUUGGAAAAAAAAUACAAGCCUAUAGCCUUAGGGGGGAAGCAAUAUCAAAUCUUUAGCAGGAGAGGGAAACAUGACAAACAGUAAUGACAGGAGAGACGAGGAUUAGGAAUCAAAGCAUUGUAUGAAGAAAGAUUAAAAUAUCUUAACAUGUUAAAUUUAAAUUUGGUUAUAUGACCAUGAAAAUGGAAAAAUGCUAAAAUUAAAAAAAUAUCUACAGAUUAUACACACAAAGAAAGGAAAAUUAUUUAGAGUAUUAGGAGUAUGAUAUGAAAUUACAUAGAACAUUUAGGCUGCAUAAUAGAAUAUUAUCUCCAUAAUGAAAUGCAUUAGGAUACAAUACAAUUAGCCAAAAGGAAGUAAAAGCCCUAGUGCUUGGUAAAUGAACUGUACAGAGUAGUUCUGACCUGGCUGGGGAAAGACAUGAAUGAGUAAGGCACUGUCCAUCUUUAAUAUCUUUAUUAUUUUAUAGAAACUGUAAAAUGUUACACAAGCACUGAGGGAAUGCUAAAUAUAUAGAAAUACAUCACAAAAAUUGUCUGUCAAACUUAUGAAGCAAGAUUCCAGACAAAUAGCAGUUAGUAUUCUAUUAAUAGCUGUAAUUUUAAAACCAGACUUCAAAGCUAUUCUAGAACCAAUCGUCUUGCAGCAUCACAAAGAGUGAUACAGUUCCAAUGGCAGAGUCCAAAAUUCUGCUUUUCCUUUGGACCAUGUAGUCUCAUUACAUGAACUGAGAUUAUUUUACCAUGGGUAACAUAACCAAGGGAGCUAUCACACCCACACCUGACUCCAAUCCUUUCAUUUACUCCCUUUCUUCCAGUAGGCAGAAAGGAUUUAAGCCACUCCAGGCAAAACUAUAUGAAGCAAUAAUGAAAAAUGACAGCACCAAUAUUAAAGCUUUGCUAGCACACCAACCUGUCAAUGAACCAAUGACUGUUUGGGAUAAUGCUGCGCGCAGAAGACCACUAUCAAUUCAGGAUCAGUCUAUUCUUCCAAUUCAUUUAGCUGCCAAAUACAGAAGAGAAAAGAGUUUGUGUUGUUUGCUAGAAUCUGGUGCUGACCCCAAAAUAAGAGAUAACAGAGGUUACACAGCACUUCAGCUCCUACUAUUGCACUGGCCAAAAAUGUAUAUAACUGGGACAGACAUCUUGACUAGACCGCAGAAAAACCUGGCAACUACACAACGUAAUGCCGAAGAGUGUCUUCGUAUCUUGUGUGAGAAAGGAGUUCAGACAGAUCCUGAAAUGGAUAGGGACUACAAACACAGCUCAUUACAUUUAGCCCUUUACUCUGGAGCCUCUCAAGCUAUAUCUAUUCUAAUUGAGAAUGGUGCUAACAUAGAUGACAGAAAUGAGUUUGGCAAGACAGCACUUCACAUUGCUGCAGAGCAUUUGAACAAGGAGAUAACAGAAACUUUAAUCACCUAUGGAGCAAACAUUAAUUGUACUCUUCCAACUUCUGGAAAAACUGCCCUUCAACUUGCAGUGUGCACUGCAUCAUCUAAAGCAGGCAGAGUUUUAGCUGCUGAUAUAGAUUGCAUCCGUUUACUGUUAAUGAAUGGAGCCGAAGUAAAUGCUCAAGACUGUGAAGGACGAGCAGCUAUUCAUAAUGCUUGCUUGGGAGGCAGAAAAGAAAUAGUUGAGCUCCUCCUAGAUUACCAUGCAGAUGCUAACACUUUAACAAGACAUGGACAAUCUCCCCUUUUUCUGUUUCUUCAAAAUAGGUCAAAUCUAAGAUGUACGUCAUUAUUAAAUAAGUUGUUAAGCUUCUCAUACCCUUUGAAGCUAACCAAUAAUCGAGGAGACCUACCCACUGGACUUCUGUUCCCAGAAUUUCAAAUGCAAAAAGACUUUCUCAUAAGAUUAUCACAAAUCAUAUGGUCUCUGCAGGACAUCUGCAAAGUCACGGUCAGAAGAAUAUAUGGGGAAAAAAACAAACAAUGCUUGAAAAAACAGCUUCCAGUAACUGUGUGGAAUUCUUUAUACAACUACCAGGAUUACUCGCAACUUUGAUAAAUAAAAAUUUCAUGAUUAUACAGCCACAAAGGUAAACAUUCUGGAAGAUCUGAAUAAUGUCAGACACACACACCUACCUACAUGAGAAAAUAAACCGAGAAACUACUGAUCCUGAAACUAAUGAAAAAUUAAACAUGAAUUACAAUGCA